CCCGCAAUUAUUCUAAGAGUAACACUAAUAGUUACAGAGUGCACAAGGCUAAAUAACUGGACCGAUGUACAACGCACUGAUUUAAGUUAAGAUCUCUGGUCCACCGAAAUGAAUGGUGUGCCCACAUUAAUUUUCAAACUAAGGGCAAACUAUAUUGGUCUCUCACUAUCGUAGAUAAUACGAUAGUGUGAUAAAUUUUGAAGGAGUUUCUACUUAGUUCGUUGCCACAGUUCCGACUGUCUUGAAGCAGAUCCACUGUUGAAAGGAGCGUGCGUCCUUCUCGUCAGCAAUGAAGUAUAAAUCCGCCGCCAAAGUAAGUUUCUCCUCCCUGGUAGUCCUGGGGUUGAGCAUCGUCGGAAUCCACUACUGGAUGGAGACUAAGAGCUAUCUCCUUGAUGAUCAGACGCUAGCCAGAAUCGCCGAGAAGUACGUGGGGCUCCCCCACCAGGAGGCUUUCGACAAGGUCCACGCCGAGCUCAUGGAAAGCUACCCCGGCCACAUCCUACCACCAGAGGAGGCCCAGUGGAUGUUCGUCAACGCGGGAGGCUGGAAAGGUGCUAUGUGUAUGAUCCACGCCUCCAUCACCGAAUACGUGAUCUUCUUCGGCACGGCAGUGGACACCGUUGGUCACUCAGGCCGCUACUGGGCCAAUAUAUCUGACACAGUUUUGACCGGGACGUUCAGACAGUGGUCAGAGGGCACGACAGUCAGCCAAGUCUUCCACCCAGGCGACACCAUCCUGCACGUGUGGGGAGACGUCACCAUGGUGCAGUGGUCAGAGGGCACGUGGAUGGUGGAAUACGGCCGGGGAUUUCUCCCCUCCACUCUACCCUUCACUUUCUCGGACACCAUCUUCAGCACCCAGGACAUCUGGGGCCUGCUCAAGAUCUUGGGCUUGUAUAUACGGCUGCUAUGCCGUGAACUGGCUUGCUACAUGGGCGAGCUGGUGGACUGAUGACUAGGAUAGUAAGGCCUGUGCAAUCUUUAAAUUGGAACAAAUUUGAGGCAAUUACCGAGUAGGUUACGGGGCAUAAUUAUUUAUUACAAGUACGCUUGAAAUCCCCAUCCGUCGGUGAACAAUGACGAUGAUUCUUCCAUGGUUAUCUGGAAUGAUGCCAUUUUAGAAGGAUGUUCCUACAAGCGUAUUCAUUCCGCACAGUUGGACAUAUUUGUGCUUCACAGCCGACUGUUACUACCAAUUCUUUUGCACCAAAUUCUUACACACUAUGCCGUUACAGGUGUCAGAACAAUUACAGGUACAUGUAUAACAAGCCUCUCGGCACAUAUUUGAUCCGGCGCCCAUCAUGGUUCGAUUUUUCCGUA